GACUAUAAAAAGCCAUCAUGGAGCUGACAGACGUGACAUUCUCAUUAACUGGGCUGUGUGAUAACAAGGGGGACUAUCUUUGGAGGAGGGAAACGGCCGAUCACCUGGAGUUGUACGACUUGUAGCCUACAAACAAAAGCCUUUUUAUUCGCUGCAAUUCAAUAUCUGGACAGUCUCCCUGAAGCUCAGGCAUUCUACUGCUGAUUGAUGGGACACCAGGAUAAAGAAAUGGACGUAGAGUCUCUCCAGAAGAGCGUCCGCCGUCGUGGGAGCUGCCUGGACGUUUUUCUCGUCGUGUCAAUCAUUUUUCUGUUUGUGGCGGUGACGGCUGCGACCGCCGGAGGGUUGAUUCUUGUGAUGGAGCUGCGGUCCAAACUGGAGUCCAAGCUACCGUCGUUUGUGUUGGAAACGUCAGAGCUGACAGGAGACGCACCUGGCCACCCAUUCAAGACGCAGGAUUUUGUCCAUCUGGGAGCCACAUCAAACGAGUUGAAGAACUUCACCAUGCCCCUGAGACCGGUCGACUUUGCUGAUAUGAGUUCUGUGGGAAGCAACUUCUUGUUUAAUGCAGAGCAUUAUUCGCUGCAGGCCAAACGGACGGGGACCUACUUCAUGUACAUUAGUCUCAACCUCACGUGCAACUACAUAUGCAAAGCGGGCGUCCUCAGGGUCCAUCUGGGCGAUAAGCUCACCUGCGAGGUGCAGCUUCCAGAAUUGGCAGACUCAACACCUGUGAGCAGAAAGUGCUGGACGGUGAGCCAGCUGAAGGGGGAAGAGCUGGCGGCUCAGAUGUAUGUACCGAAGGAGGGACUGGAGGACUGGAAACUGGAGCUGAGCGGCUCAGGACUCGGGAUGUUCCUGGUGGGCUAAUGUGCGCACACGCAGUACCGCUGCUGGCAUGAAGAUGCAGAUGUGCCCGUUGACCUUCAGGUCGUAACUUAAGAACAACACCAGUUUGUGUUUUUCUUAGUCAAGUCAAAGCUAUGACUACAGUUCAUGCAAACUAAGUUGAUGAAGCUCAGCCGGAUUUUCAGGUGGAAUCUGAAGAGAAAUUGCAUUUAUGAUAAUGCAAACAGCAGGUGGAAAAGACUAGACACUCGGCUUAUUCUGUAUAAAUGUGCAUACAGUAUGUUACUCUGUAAAUUAUAUAUUUAUUUGAUAAUAUGGAACUAUUUAUAUACCUAUAUAUUUAUGGACAUUUUUUUGAUGAAGAUAUCACUACAUUAAUGUUGAUGUGCAAUACACUGCAAGUUUAAUCAGCCUAACUGAGUCAAAUGUGAUUUCAAAGCUCUGUUUUCAUUUUAUAAAUGAUGUGGGGCAUUAAGUAGAGUCUUACAAAAAUGUGUUAUUAUGAUUCUGCUCUAUAACCCACAACAAGUUCCUCAGGGGCCUCAUUUAGAUCUUGUGUAGUAAAAGGUGAAGUAAUUUAAACGCUUCUGGCAAGUGAUGAGUAUCAAUGAUUAGUAACACUCCGCACGUAAAAUGACUUUACAGAAACGAGGUCCCAUGAAAAUGAUCAUUCUGUAAAUCGUGACUAAGACAUCUUUAAUAUGUGGACAAAUGAACUGAAAAAAAAAAGGGUUUUGUUUUGAAAGAUAUGUAAGUCCUAUGGACAAACUACACAUUGUUGAAU